GACAGCGGGCAUCGGGUCACCAGGUAUGACAGCGGGCACUGGGUCACCAGGCAUCAGCAGGCACCGGGUCAUCUGGCGCUGGAUCGUCUGGCUCGACAGCGGGCAUCGGGUCACCAGGCAUGACAGCGGGCACUGGGUCAUCAGGCAUUGGAUCGUCUGGCUCGACAGCGGGCAUCGGGUCACCAGGUAUGACAGCGGGCACCGGGUCAUCAAGUACCGGAUCGUCUGGAUCAACAGCGGGCAUCGAGUCAACUGGCCUAAUAGGAUCAUCAGGCUGGAUCAGUUCAUCAGGCUGGGCAGCAGGCUGAAUAGAGGCGUCAGGCCUGGGGUAAGGAGGCGUCAGGCUGAAUAGAGGCGUCAGGCCGGGUAGAGGCGUCAGGCCGGGUAGAGGCGUCAGGCCGGGUAGAGGCGUCAGGCUGAAUGGAGGCGUCAGGCCGGGUAGAGGCAUCAGGCUGGGUACAGACAUCAGGCUGGGUACAGACAUCAGGCUGGGUACAGACAAUCAGGUUGAAGUGCGGGUGCCGAGGCACCAGGCUGAACCACGG